AUAUAGAUACCUUAAACUCUUGUAGAUACCUGUACAACCAAACAGAACUAACAGUUUCUGAAUGCAAAAGGUGAAGACGAUUUCCACAUUACUUGUGAUAUUUUGCUGUAUAUUGGUUGUGAAAUCUGAAACAUGCCUUGGGAGCCAGGAAAAAUCUAUCUUAUCUGGUAUAAAAUCCUCUAUAAAGACAUUGGAAGAGAAGUUAGAAGGAAAAUCACCGAGAUGUAGACCGGGAUGGAAUGAAUACAAAGAUCACUGUUAUUUCUUUUCUACUGACAAAAAACCCUGGCAUGAGGCGGAGGUAGAUUGUCGAAAUCUAGGAGGGUAUCUAACACAAGUUACUGAUUCUUCAGAAAAUUCCUGGAUUGUUUCCAUGAUAACGAGUAAAAAAGUGAUUCAGCAGAACUACUGAAUGGGUGCAACGGAUUUUAAGGAGGGUGAUUGGAGAUGGGUGAAUGAUUUGUCUAAAGUACAUUUUACCAGUUGGACCUCGGGUCAACCUGAUAAUGCACAUGGCAAAGAGGACUGUGUUCAUUUCGUGCAUAGACAUAACUAUAAAUGGAAUGACCAUGUGUGCAGCAAUAUAUUUGGGUAUAUUUGUGAGAGUCCUCAGGGUUUUAAUUGUCUUCCGUACUCAAGACUGUUAAAGAGUGCUGUCAGUAGAAAGUAGCAACAUGCAACCUUUCGUGAAAAAAGUGAAAUAAUAAAAAUUGAUUCAUA